ACUAGUUUCGGCUCAUGUGAGCCUUGUAGAGGUUUGACUUGGAUGCUAUAUAUAUGUAGACAUGAGCUAGGCAUUUAUCUCAAACCAACCAACCAAUAUAUCAGAUGGCUUCCAUGGAUCACAAUCAUUUUCUUUUUCCUCUCCUCUUCAUCAUCAUCAUCUCUUCCUUGCACGUUUUGCGUGCUUCGACCACACCUUCACACUCACACAAACUAAAAUCCGCCACUACCAUUAGAAAAAUCAACCGUAGAGGACCUUACAUUGGCCUUGUGACGGUCUUUGAGACCGAAGAAGAUGCUUUUCUCGGCAGUGUUGAUUUCAGACUCGAUCCUACGCAUCCUUUCCUCGAUCUCUCUGGAAGACGUUUUCGUAUAGGGAAGAUUCAUGGAAAGAAGGUUGUGUAUGUCAGAUGUGGGAUAGGAAUGGUGAACGCAGCAGCAGCAACACAACAAAUGAUAGAUGUGUUCAGUGUGAAAGGGAUUGUGCAUUUUGGGAUUGCUGGAAAUAUAAACAACUCGAUGUCCAUAGGAGAUGUGAGCAUCCCUAAGCAAAUCACGAAUGCUGGCUUGUGGGAUUGGCUGAAUCCAGGCAAAGCAAAAGGAAAUGAGGAUGUAGCGUACUUAGAUGUCGGGAACUAUAAUGUUCCACAAGGAAACAAUAAGUUAGGAACUAUUGGAUACAGUUACGAGGAAUUAUAUUCAGUCAGUGGUCACAUCAAUUCACCAAAGAAAGUGUUUUGGAUUAAUACAACUCAAGAGUGGCUUCAUCUUGCAGCUGAUCUUGAGAAGAUGGAGCUAUUGCAGUGUGUGAAUGCAAGUCUGUGUCUUCCAAAUAAACCCAAAGUAGUAGUUGGAUUAAAAGCAGCCACUGCUGACAUAUUUGUGGAUAAUGCAGCCUAUAGAAAUUUCUUAUACGAUACUUUUGGAGUUUCCUCCUCAGACAUGGAGAGUUCUGCUGUGGCCAUGACUUGCGUGUCAAAUGGGUAUCCCCUAAUUGUGAUAAGAGGAUUAUCAGAUUUAGCAGGAGUAGGAGAUAACACUGUUCGAAAGUUUGGAUCUUUGGCUGCCACUAACACUGCCAAAGCUGUUUUAGAGUUCAUUAAAAAGCUCCCACCGUCAUAAUUCCUACGUGUAACCUAUCAUUAUGGAUGUUUGAAUCUGUAUUUUCCCUAGUUUUUCUACGUACGUUAAAAAUAAAAUUAAUAAAAUCUGUUUUUCUUUUCUUU